AGAGAGAGAGAGAUGCCUCUCUCAGUCACUAACUAGUCAGUCUAAUACAACACUCACAUUUUGUUUUCAUAGCAAUGAGAGAAGAAAAAAAUCGUUUGGAGACUUUUAAGGACUGUAACUUCAGUGUAAACAGUCAUGUACUUGCAAAGGCGGGUUUCUAUUAUACUCAUAAAGCAAAUCUUUUAGAAUGUUCAAUGUGCCAUUUUCAAAUUGAUGCCACAAACGUAAACAAAGAUGAAAAUAGAAUCAUUGCUUUACAUAAGAAAGAGAAACCAGAAUGCACAUUUAAUCAGAACGUGAGAAGAUCUAUUUCUAAGAAGUUUGAUUCAUAUGACAGUUUACGGUUUGAAAAGGAACGUUUGGAUACCUACAUAGAUUGGCCACUUGAAUGGUUAGAACCAUCUGAUUUGGCUCGUGAUGGCUUUUACUAUCUUCGAACAAAUGACCACGUUGCUUGUGUCUUUUGUCGAGGCAUUCUUGGUUCCUGGGAAAGAGGAGACACUCCCAGAGGCGAACAUCAGUUUCACUUUCCCCAUUGUCAAUUCAUUCGAAACCAACCAGUGGGAAAUUUUCCACUGAUAUUUAAUGAAAAAUUCGAGGGUUAUUCCGUUCCACUGAGAAAUAGUAAAAAUUCGUCCUAUAGACAAGGAAUAGAUGUCUGUGGUCUAAGUCCUAUGACAGACAAUGGAGUUCACCAACAUACCAUUGCCAAGCGAAAAGACUACUUAACACUUGAAAGUCGCCUAGCAAGCUUUAACCAUUGGCCUGAACGUGUAAAACAGAAACCAACUGAAUUGUCAGAAGCUGGAUUCUUCUAUUGUGGUUUAAGUGAUCACGUGCGCUGUUAUCAUUGUGGGAAUGGACUUCGAAACUGGGAAACUGAUGAUAUACCUUGGGAUGAACAUGCUCGCUGGUACCCAGAGUGUACCUUCCUCUUCUUGAUGAAAGGAAAAGAAUUCAUUGAUCAGGUUCAAGGGGAAAGGCCACCUUAUGAGACAAACCCUUCAAUAACCCAUAUCAAUGAAGAUCAACACAAACUUAUUAAGGAACUAGACAUAACUAAGCACCUUAUUUCAAUGGGUUUCCAGGAAGAUUAUGUGAUGACAACGUAUCAUAAUCAACUCAAAGAGAAGGGGUUACCUUUCUUUGACAUUGAGUCAUUUAUUGAAGCAGUCUUACAGUACAUGGAAAACGAAGUUAGAAAAUGUCUAGUAAAUAAAUUGGCAUUGGCUGAAGUUGAUGUUGUCCCAAGCCCAGCCAUAUCUGAUAGAAAUGAGUUGGCUUCUGACACAAACCAACAAGUAGAAUCAUCUACAACUUUAAUGGAAUUGGCAAUGACUGAAGUUGAUGUUGUCCCAAGCCAACCAAUGUCUGAUGGAACUGAGUUGGCUUCUGACCAAAACCAACAAGUAGAAUCAUCUACAACUUUAAUGGAAUUGGCAUUUGCUGAAGUUGAUGUUGUCCCAAGCCAACCAAUGUCUGAUGGAACUGAGUUGGCUUCUGACCAAAACCAACAAGUAGAAUCAUCUACAACUUUAAUGGAAUUGGCAUUGGCUGAAGUUGAUGUUGUCCCAAGCCAACCAAUGUCUGAUGGAACUGAGUUGGCUUCUGACCAAAACCAACAAGUAGAAUCAUCUACAACUUUAAUACAGCCUAUAGUAGAUGAAUUGGCAUUGGCUGAAGUUGGUGUUGUCCCAAGCCAACCAAUGUCUGAUGGAACUGAAGUAGAAUCUACAAUAGUUGAUGAAUUGACAUUGACUGAAGUUGAUGUUGUCCCAAGCCCACCAAUGUCUGGUGAUUCUAACCCACAACCAUUAUUUGGUAGAAUAACUGAUCAAGUUGCCACUCUCCUAAAGUCAGAAGGUACAAUUAGACACAGAGUGAUUGAGUGUAAGAUUUGUAUGGAGAAUGAGAGUGAGUUAAUGUUUUUACCUUGUAAUCACAUAUGCACUUGUUUCAAAUGUGCAACAAACAUAUCCACAUGUCCAAUUUGCAGAGCUGAGAUAAAAUAUACUAUUAAAGCAAUUAUAUCAUAG